AUGCACAACACCAACCUUAAAUAUUUUACUUCACCACUCAACUCCACCACUUUGGCUUCUUCUGCCAUGCUCUACCACUCGACUCUGCGGUCCAGCAGCCCCAAAUCCGCCAUCUGUGGGCGCUUCAGUGGCAAAUCGCAACAAGUUAUCACCCUUAGCUCCACAGGAAACGCCCUCUAUUUGUACUCCCACGAUGGUGACACCGGCACUGUCACCCUGAUACAUACUCAUUUGACUCACUGCCAGGUGAGAGAAAUCCGGGCGUUCCGCCUCCCGGGCCUCAAGAAGGACUACGUGAUCGCUUCCUCGGACUCGGGUGUCAUUUCCGUGCUCGAAUUCCGCCACAAUCGCUUUGUGUCGCUCCACAAAGAGGCGUACGGACGAAGUGGCAUCCGGAGAGUUGUGCCGGGCGAAUUUCUCGCUGUGGACCCCAAGGGACGAGCCUGCAUGCUCGCCAGUGUCGAAAAAAGCAAACUGGUCUACGUCCUAAACCGCCAGGGUGCCGAUAUCGUCAUUUCGUCGCCCCUGGAGGCCCAUACCAGCUGUGUCACCUACUUUGUCGUGGCAUGUGACGUGGCCUACGAAAACCCAGUGUUUGCGGCCAUCGAAACACCAGUUGGAGAAACGUCGCCAGGCAAACAACUCGUCUUCUACGAACUGGACCUGGGCCUCAACCACGUCAUCAGAAAAGCUCCCGUCGACAUCCCUAACUCGACGAGCCAUGUGACCGCCGUCCCUGGAGGCACCGACGGACCCGGCGGCGUGCUCGUCUUCUCCACCAACGCCAUUGUCCAUCACGUGGCCGGAGCCGCCGGGGGCGCAUCAACCGGAGCCGCGGGCAGCACAAAAAUCGCCCUCCCAAAACCCGCAGCCGGAUACGACAAUGUCAUCGUCGCAUCCGCAUUGCAUCAAUCUCGUGAUCUCUUUUUCUACAUUGCGCAAAACACCCGCGGCGAUCUGUUCAAGAUCUCACGUGACUCGGAAACCCAACACUGGUCCGUUCUCUACUUUGGCACCAUGUCUUGCGUAUGCACUUCGCUUACGAUUCUCAAGUCGGCCCACAUGGUGUGUCUCAGCGAACAGGGGGACAGUCACAUGAUGUUUUUCGAGUCUCUCGGCGAUGACGAUGCGCCGGAAAACGUCUACGACGUCAUUUCGCCCUCGCCGUACCUGACUGUAACUCAGACCUUGUUUGAGUUGAAGCCAGUUUUCGACAGUGUGGUUGGCGUCAAUACUACUUCGUCGGAUCACGUGGGCCCAGUCCCCAACGUUCUGUCGCUUAUAUCAGCUACACGCGGGGGGCUGAAACUGAUAAGUCAUGCUCUCAAGCCCUCCAUCAUUGUUGCCUCUCCUCUUCCGGAGCCGCCCUCCAAGCUCUGGACCAUGCGUGACGGAGCCGGUUCGGACAAGUACAUUGUUUUGUCUUACGCCAACGCGACGUUGGUGCUGGAAAUCGGCGACUCGGUAGUCGAAACUACCAGUUCGGGACUCACCUUGGACAAACCUACCCUUCAUUGUGGAAGUGUAGGUUCCAGUUAUGUUCAGGUUAUGACCGACGGAAUGAACGUGAUUCCUAUGUCACGUGAAGGAAGUUCGGAAUCUCUUCCCGCCACAAAAUGGACUGCCCCCUCUGGUCAGGUGAUUUGUGCCUCCAGCUCUUCCCAUCAAGUGGUGCUCGGACUCACCUCCAGCCUCUUCUACUUUGAAGAUACACCUGGAAGUGAACUUUCGGCCUACGAUGGGGCUUACGAGCUGUCGAGCCCGCCAACGGCAGUCGCUGUAGCUCCCGUUCCCGCUGGAAGGGUGCGAUCGCCGUUCGUGGCCGUGGCCACCGACGACGAAACGGUCCGAAUUGUGUCUGUGGACCCCGAGUCCAUGUUUGAAACUGUGGCUGUUCAGGGUCUGAUGGCGACCGCGUCAUCGCUGGCGCUGCUGUCAGUCGGACAGGUGCUCUAUCUCCACAUGGGUCUCGCCAACGGCGUCUAUGUGCGUGUAGAGCUGGAUCCGUUGACAGGAGAAAUUGUCGGCUCCUGGUCAAAGUUUGUGGGUCUGGGACGACUGUCAGUUGUUCCGGUCACGUGCGGCGGUGAGGAGUCCAUUCUGGUAUCAUCACGUGGCGUCAAAACUUGUCUUGGUCACGUGAACGCCACUUCCGACACGUGGGUCCCCACCGGCGGCAAUUCCGCGCCGUUUUUCGCCCUCGACGCCAUUUCCGGCGAGCCUCUGGAUCUGGCGCAUUCGUUCCACACACAAGAUUGUCCCCACGGCGUCAUUGGAGUUGCGGGAAGCACGCUCAAGAUUUUCACGGUCAACACGGCGCAGAAAUGGACCGAAAAUGAGGUGAAACUGGAGGGAACCGCAAAACGGCUGAUUCAGCACGAUGCAACAACUCUGACGAUUACGCAGAAUCCCGACCGCUUGGUUUCCGUCGACAACGGCGCCGUUGGAAUCACCAAAGACUUGGGGGGACCCCCAACCUCCAUCUGUGAGGUCAUGUUUGGUGACGGAAAACGGUACUUUGCGGUUGGCGGAUCACGUGACGGUUCCCCCGGAACUUCUGGAACUUCCGGGUACAUUUCCAUCUUUUCCUCCUCGUCCCUGGGUCACGUGCACACCACCGAGGUGGAAGCGCCUCCCCUCGCUCUCUGUGCCUACAACGGACUACUCGUCGCUGGUAUCGGCUCCCAGGUGAGACUGUAUGCGCUGGGACUGAAACAAGUGCUGCGGAAGGCGCAGAUUGAGCUGAGUAAACGGGUCACAUGUCUGGCCCAUUUUGCCGGGUCGAACCGGGUGGCGGUCGGGGACAUUCGCCAGUCGGUCACGGUGUGUGUGGUGCUCGAGGAAGACAGCGGUCACGUCAUCUACCCUCUUGUGUGCGACAAGAUUUCUCGGCAGGUCACGUGUCUUUUUUUCGUGGACUAUGAGACUGUUGCUCUCGGAGACAGAUUUGGCGGGUUUACAAUGUUGCGAAUUCCGUCGGAGGCGUCGAAACUGGCGGACGAAGAUCACAACGCGGUGCAUUUGCGGCAACUGGAGCCGACUCUCAAUGGCCCGGCGCACUUCCGGUUCGACCACGUGGCGUCGUUCCAUAUCGAGGACGUGCCCGUGGCCAUUCACAUGUACAAUGAUUAUCUGGUGGUGUGCGGUCUGUUGGGCACUGUGUCGGCGUUUGUGCCGGUUGUGUCACCCAAGCAGUCCCGUGAUCUGAAGACUAUUGAGAAGUUUGUCUGUGCGAGCGAUCCCGGGUUGAUGGGGCGGGAUCAUGGGCGGUUCCGGGGGUACUAUGUGCCUGUCAAGGAGGUGGUUGAUGGAGAUAUGUUGAGGGAGGUGUUGGUGAUGGAUGAGAAGAGGCGGGAAGAGGUGGGGGAGAAGACAGGGUUGGGGGUUGAGGGGGCUGUUGGUCGGGUUGUAAAUGUGAUGAAGUGCGUGUAG